AUUUAAUACCAACCAAAAUAAUUAUAUAAUUGAUCUUUGAAGCAAUAUAUUAGGAUUAUAAAUAGAACAUAUUGGCUUAAAUUUUUGUAUUCGAAGCUCAUCAUUUGAUUAAGCUAUUGCUCUGGUAAUACAGGCAACGGCUGUGCAAGGAAAAUCCCAAAACAUUGGCUUGUGUUGUUCUGGGAAAUUAUAGCAAAGAUGAGAUCAAUUGCAGUGAUUGGUGGAGGAAUAAGUGGAUUAGGGGCAGCAUUUGAGCUUGCAAAAGCAGGAAUUAAUGUGACAUUGUACGAGAAAGAAGAUCAUUUGGGUGGACAUGCCAAAACUGUUAAUGUUGAUGGCAUUGAUCUCGACCUUGGCUUCAUGAUCUUCAACAGGGUUUCAUAUCCAAAUAUGGCGGAGCUUUUCGAUGGUCUUGGUAUCGAGGUGGAAGCCUCUGAAAUGUCGUUGUCUGUCAGCUUAGACGAAGGCCAGGGAUGCGAGUGGGGAAGCCGAAAUGGGUGCAGAAGUUUGUUUGCACAGAUAAGCAAUGCAGUGAAGCCAAACUUUUGGAGGAUGCUCCAAGAAAUUAACAAGUUCAAAGAUGAUGUGAUCAUGUACCUUGAAGGUCUCGAAAAUAAUCCAGAAAUGGAUCGUACUGAAACCCUUGGCCAUUACAUCAAGUCAAGGAGUUACUCUGAGUUGUUCCAAAAAGCUUAUCUGAUUCCCAUGUGUGCUUCCAUCUGGUCCUGUACAUCAGAGAGAGUGAUGGAUUUCUCUGCCUUUUCGGUUCUUUCCUUUUGUCGCAACCAUCACUUGUUUCAGUUAUCUGGUGGUCCACAAUGGCUAACUAUCAAAGGACGUUCUCAGCAAUAUGUGAAAAAGCUAAGAGAGGAGCUGGAGAUUAGGGGAACUCAAAUAAGAACCAGUUGUGAAGUACAUUUUGUUUCAACAAGUAACAAAGGGUGUACUUUGUUCUGUGGGGAUGGUUCAGAAGAUUUAUAUGAUGGAUGCAUUAUAGCUGUUCCUGCUCCAGAUGCCAUAAAGAUUUUAGGAGAAGAGGUGACACAUGAUGAAAUGAGAAUACUCGGUGCUUUUCAAUAUGUUUACAGUGAUAUAGUUCUUCACCAUGACAAAAAAUUCAUGCCCCGAAGUCCAGCAGCAUGGAGUGCACUAAAUUUUCAAGGGAGCACAUUGACAUACUGGCUUAAUGUGCUGCAGAAUAUUUCUGAGACAAAUCUGCCUCUUCUUCUUACUCACAAUCCACCUCAUCCGCCGGAAAAUAUUGUGCUUAAAAGUUCCUCCGGAGUUCUUGUACCUUCAAUUGCUACAAUGAAGGCCUCACUUGAACUUGAUAAUAUUCAAGGAAACAGAGGAAUUUGGUUUUGCGGAGCAUCUCAUGGCUACGGUUUCCAUGAGGAUGGUUUGAAGGCUGGGUUAAUGUCUGCCAGUGCUGUUCUGAAGAGGAGCUACACUCCACUUGCGAACUCAAAAAUUAUGGCGUUUUCUUGGACAGAAGCGACAGCUCGCCGCUAUAUAAUCAAAUUCCUAAAGCGCUUUAUUUCUGCUGGCUGUUUGAUUUUGCUGGAGGAUGGAGGCACAGUUCUGAAGUUUGAGGGUUUGGACAAAAGAUGUACUUGGAAAACUGCAAUAAGAGUUCACAACCCCCGGUUUUACUGGAAGGUUGCUAUAGAGGCUGACCUGGGUCUGGCAGAUGCAUUCAUUAAUGGAGACAUCUCGAUUGUUGACAAGAAUGAAGGACUUCUGAAUCUUUUCAGGAUCUUUCUUGCCAACCUAUACGUCUAUCCUUCUGUUUCAACGGACGAGAAAAAGAGCUUUGAUUUCAAGGGUUGGUGGACUCCAAUGUUUUUCACAGCUGGGAUAGCCUCAGCAAAAUAUUUUUACCAACAUGUUUCUAGAGAAAACUCGGUUGCACUAGCUCGUCGUAAUAUUGCUCGCCAUUAUGACUUGAGUAAUGAAAUGUUUUCCCUCUUUCUGGACGACACAAUGACAUAUUCUUGUGCAAUCUUUAAGUCUGAAGAUGAAGAUUUAAAGGUGGCACAACUUCGAAAACUCCAUCUUCUGAUAGAUAAGGCUAGAGUAGAGAAGCAACAUGAGGUCCUUGACAUUGGUUGUGGUUGGGGUAGCCUUGCUAUUGAAAUUGUAAAGAAAACUGGAUGCCGAUACACUGGCAUCACUCUAGCUGAGGAGCAGUUGAAAUUAGCAGAACAAAGGGUGAAGGACGCUGGAUUACAGGAUCAUAUUACGUUUCUUCUCUGUGAUUAUCGUCGGUUGCCAGCUUCCCACAAAUUUGAUAGAAUAAUAUCUUGUGGGAUGCUAGAACAUGUAGGAGAUAAAUACUAUGAGGAUUUUUUCCGGCAUUGUGAAUCUCUUUUGGCAGAUACUGGAGUUCUUGUCCUUCAGACCAUAUCGAUACCAGACGAACGGUAUGACGGGCACAAAAGAAGCUCAGAUUUUAUGAGGGAAUACAUUUUCCCAGGUGGAUGCCUACCUUCUUUGAGCCGAUUAACAUCAGCAAUGAUUGCUACUUCUAGACUUUGCAUGGAACAUGUGGAGAAUAUCGGGGUGCAUUAUGGACAAACAUUAAGAUGCUGGAGGAGAAAUUUUCUGGAAAAUCAGAGCAAAAUUCGUGCACUUGGAUUUGAUGACAAGUUCAUGCGGGCAUGGGAAUACUAUUUUGACUAUAUGGCGUCCAUGUUUAAGACCCGGACUUUGGGGGACUACCAGAUUGUUUUCUCACGCCAAGGAAAUAUUGUUGCAUUCAGUGAUCCUUAUGCGAGCAUACCCUCCUCCCAUUUGUUUCCAUAGAAACAUUUACUGCUCAACCCCUGAUGCCGUAAAACCGGUGAAUCUGUGUUCAUUGGACGGGGAAGUUGAAAGUUGGUGCAUUGAUUAAGUCCUACUCCAUAUUUUACUUUGUUUUUUGCCUUUGUCGGUGUUCCGGUGCUGUGAAACCUGCAGUGGUGUGGUUGUGUUAUCUUUCAGAGGGUCUGUAUUAUAAUUUGUAAAUAAUCCCUUGUUUCUAUUGUAUGUCUGUCUGGGUGCUUUGAAAUACAGUAUACAGUUAUGUUUAUGGUUCAAACUUUCAGAAUA